AUGGAACCGGCCUCGGUCUGCUACGACUUCCAUGAUACCAUUCAGAACCUGGACCGGACGUACACGCCGUCGGCGGGGUCGUUGACCCCACGAAGGAGGCUCAUCAUCGUGGGAGAUGUUCACGGACACCUUGCGCAACUGAAAAAGCUGCUGGAGACCACCGGCUUCGACAGGGACGCGGGGGACCACCUCAUAUUCACAGGCGACCUCAUCAACAAGGGGCCCGACAGCCCCGGGGUGGUGCAGCUCGCGAUGGACCUCGGCGCCAGUGCCGUCAGGGGCAACAACGAAGACCGCGUGUUGGCAGCGCACCGGCUCAUCAGCAUUGGCCGGGUGUCUGGCGUUUCCGGAGUCGAAGGGAGACCGCCCUUCGAGGACGACAGCACCCAUCUACCUCGGGAUAUCCCCUACGCAGUAUCCAGCGACUUCCUCGCCGCGACCCAGCUCUCAGACGCUCAGGUCGCCUGGCUAUCGUCCUUGCCUCUCAUCAUUCGCGCUGGGCCCUUGAAGGGGGCCGCUAGCCCGCCCUGGAACGCCGGGUCGGUUGUGGUCGUGCACGGCGGCCUUGUGCCCUCGCUGCCUCUGGAAAAACAGGAUCCAUGGGCGGUCAUGAACAUGCGUAGCAUCGUUUACCCAGCCGACGACGCGCACACGGGAGUUAUUGGCGAGGCUCUGGCCAAGCGAGUUCGGGAUCGCUGGUGCCGGCGUGCUGCUUUCCAGGUCACAGGAGACGAAGAUGUCGACACUUUGUCUCGCAGGCUUCCGGAUUUGCGGGACGGCGGAGAGACCCCGAAAAGCAACUCUUCCCAGGGCCACCAUCAAGAUGCCAUUCCCGUCGAAGCUGGAGUCGGCAAGCUCUGGAGGGAUGCGUGGAACGAAACCCAAAACUCGAUCAAGAUCCCGGAACAGCGGACAGUGGUUGUGUAUGGUCAUGAUGCCCUGGCGGGGUUGCAAGACCAAUUAGAGAUCGAUGUUCCAAAGGGGUUGGAGGACGAAGGAGCACAGGGUUCUUGGACGAGGUACGCGUUCGGGCUGGACUCUGGGUGUGCAUAUGGCAACCCGCUCUCUGCCAUGGUCAUUGAGGCCAGUCCGGAGACAGGGGAUAUUGUGCAUCGCGUGGUCCAGGUCAAGUGA